GUGUGUUUUGUCUUGAAUUUAAGUAUUGUGACUGGCAUGUAAUGUUACAGUGAAUUAAGAAAUUUUUUUGAAUUGAUUCUGUUAAAUCUAUUGAAAUGGAGCCUUGUUCUGAUAGUGAAGAUGAGGACUUGAUCAAAUUUCAACAAAAAUUUAAAACACAAACUAAAAAUAUAAAGAAACAGAACGAAGAAAGUGAAAAUGAUAGUGAUUAUUCUGAUGAUUUAGGAAAAGAUUUGAAAAAAUCUUUGAAGGGUAUAAAACAUAAACGGUUUGAUAAACAUGGAAACUUGGUAAGUGAUGAUGAUGAUGAUGAUGGGGGCAUGGCUAGUGAAGAUCAAGAAGAAUCAGAUAUAGGCGAUGAGUCAGAAGAAGAGGACGAUCAAGAGGGUUCUGAUGAAGAUUUUAGCGAAGAAGAAGACAGCCAAGUAGUCGAAGAAGAGUAUAACAAAUUGAAGAGGACAGUUUUAGAAAGUUCUGAUGAAGAACACAUUGAAGAUGAAGAAGAAUCAAAUGAGGUUGACCCUUAUGCCACAGUUAGAAAAGAAUUAAUUGAUAUGUCUUUUGAAGAUCGUCAGAAAUUGAAAAACAAACUGGGUUCCAAAAUAUAUAACAAAAUAGUUAACAGUGGUAAACAGAAACAAACAACAAUACAAACAGCUUCAGAAGUUGACAAGGAACAUAAAAACAGACCCAAAGAAAUGUCGUCCAAGAAACGGGUACCAAUUUUCAGGAAAGUUAUUGAAGUGAAAAGAAAGUUAAACAGAGAUCCCAGAUUUGAUGAUUUGUCAGGGACAUUUGAUGAGAAACAAUUCAAACAUUCUUAUGCUUUUCUUGAAGAAAUGAAACAAAAAGAGAAAAAGCAAAUUGUAAGAGCAAUGAAAAAAGAAAAAGAUAAAUCAAGAAAAUCUGAAUUAAAGUCUUUAGCCAAUAGAUAUAAACAAUUAGAGGACUCGAGUAAACGGAAAGAAAAGACGAAUAGUUUAUUGAACCAAUGGAAGACAAGAGAAAGGGAAUUGGUACGAGAUGGGAAGAAACCUUACUUCUUAAAGCAAUCUGAUGUAAAGAAACUAGAAUUAGCAGACAAAUACAAGGAAUUAAAAGAAAAGGGAGGGCUUGAAAAAUAUCUCGCUAAACGACGGAAGAAAAAUGCAUCAAGGGAAAAGAAAAAACUUCAUAUGUGAUUUUCUCAGCUUGUGACGAACUUUUUUAUACACUCAAAUCAUAUCUUUUGAUAUGGACAAUGAUUAAAAUAAGAAAUAGCAAUGUUAUAAGCUGUGAAGUCUUUAAAGAGAAUGCUGAGAUGAAUCCAAGCUGCAAAAGGGUUGAUAUCAGAUGGCAAGAAAAUAUCUUUCUAUUUUUAUAGACAUGGACCAUCAAUUCAGUUUAUUUGUGAAAGAAAUAUGUGGGAAAAUUGGCAGCUGUUUGACUUGAUAUAGCUAUUCAUGUUUGAACUUGGGAAACAUUUGUCUUGCAUUUACAGUUAGAUAUUAAAACAUUGCAUAAAUCCGUUUAGUUACCAUCAUGGCUGUACAACUCUUAUCAAAAAUAAAACAGUUAAAACAAA